AUGGAGUUUCAUCAUCAAAAGGCUUCGUUCUAUCAUCCACUUGCUAAUGGUCAAGCAGAAGAGUCCAAACGAGAGAUUAAAAGUAUUUUGGAGAAGACUGUAAACACAUCAAUGAAGAAUUGGUCGAAAAAGCUUGAUGAUUCAUUGUGGGCAUAUCGCACAUCUUUCAUGACGCCAAUUGUGGAACUUGAGCACCGAGCUUAUUGGGCAGUAAAAAAGCUGAGUGUUGAUCUCUUAAUGGCGGGAAGGAAUAGGCUUCUGGAGUUGAAUGAACUUGAUGAAUUUCGAAAUGAAGCCUACGAGAAUGCAAAGAUUUAUAAAGAAAAUUCUAAGGCAUUUCAUGAUAAAAGGAUAAUUAGGAAAGAUUUCCAACCGGGAGACAAGGUGUUAUUAUUUAAUUCUCGAUUGAAGAUUUUUCAGGGAAAAUUAAAGUCGAGAUGGUCGAAACCAUUCACAGUUGUUGUAUCAUUGCCUUAUGGAGCAGUGCAAAUUCACAGCUAG